UGCGGGUGCAAAGCCCUCGAUACUCGAUAGAGCUGCAUGAUUCGAUUGGGUCUUGUUUGAAAUGAAGAGCGCCACAUCCACAUAAACGAAAAAGAAAGAACGCGUAGGUAGGGUUGACGAGUGGUUUCAUAAUCUUGGAAAACACCCAGAAAAGCCAGAGAUGACUGAGAUCUCACGCCGGAUUUUCUUGCACUUCCUGUUGAUAUUCUUUUCAAUUUUCCUUCAAUUCCUCCCUGGCUUCUCAGAUGAUUCAGAUUCCCAAAAAGAUACGAAAGAUAAUGAUGCUGAUGCAUCUUCACGCUCUUUGAAGAAGAUGAUGAACUUGAGCUCGAACUUGGUCUUCGUGACUGAUAUGGAGAUGUAAAUGGAGGAGGGGACUUUUCAAGUACCCAUAACAGGAAAUGGAGCAAUUUUACACAUUAUUAUGAGAAAGCAUUAAAUCUUUUCAUUAGGUUUUGUAUCAUGUAUAUUCAUAUAACCUAAGAUAUACUAGUUUUCCCCCUUUUUUUCUCUUUCUUGUUUGUAUAUUGAUUGCUGAAAG